ACAGAGAGAUGAGCUUCAUCCUCACUGGAUAACAACCAGACCUCUGGCAUCCUGAAGCAGACUUUUUUGGCAGAAAAACAAUGGCAGAUGAAACCUUUAAGAAACAGUUCCUGGAUGCACAUAAUAACUACAGGGCUGCGCACGGUGCUCAGAACCUGACCUACAAUGGUGAUCUGAACUCUGCAGCGCAGAAAUGGGCUGACCAUCUUCUGCAAUCUAAGACCAUGGAACACAGUAACAUUGAGGAUGGCGAAAACAUCUACUACUCAUACAAUUCACAGAAAGUUACACUACAAGGAAAGUCAGCUGUAGAUUCUUGGUACAGUGAAAUCAAGGAUUAUGACUUCACCCGGCCUGGAUUCCAACCAAAAACUGGACAUUUUACCCAGGUGGUGUGGAAAGACACCAAGGAGCUUGGUGUUGGCGUGGCCACCGAUGGUCACACUGUCUUUGUGGUUGGGCAAUACCGCCCAGGUGGGAACAUAACAAACGCAGGUUACUUUGAAAAAAACGUUCAACAAAAACACUAAAGGUUAAAAGCUGUGCAGGUGGCUGCCAGCAGAGGGCAGAAUGCUGCAGGUUACACCUCCAGUGAGAGAAACUCAGCUCAGGGAAAAAGAAACUGUAUAACGUCUGGUGAUGGGAAGGGGAGAGUCUUUUUUUUCUUUCUUUCUUUUUAAUUAUGACAUAUAGAAUAGUGUAAUUAGUGAUCUGAGCAAAAUGAACAAAGCUUCAAAUAAAUGUUUUCCUGGAAAUGUCCAGUGCAAUUUCACUUGUAAAGCAUGACCAUGCAUGCUACCAUGCAUAUAAGCAGGUAUAUUGUGUAUAUUCUUCUGAAACAAAUAAGGUUGUUGAGUUUUGUAUGUAGAAGAGCAAACACAUGGUGAGCCUGUGGAGCCAUUUUUUUCUGAAUUCUAUCAAAGAGGCUGUCAUCUUGUAAUCUGUUGAUGACAAUGACAAAUAAAUCUUAUCUUAUCUUA